AUGGAGCCGAAUGCGCAGCGGCUGUUUGCGUCUGCGUCUUAUAAAAAGGUGCCGGGGACGCUGUCGUUGGAGGAUGGCAUAUUGCGAUGGAAACCGUCGCUGGAUUCUUCGAGCAUACCUGGAUUUUCUGUGCAGGAUACGCACCUUAAAGGUCUCAAAGUAUCCAAGCCAGGCGCUGCGCAAGUGGCACUGCGUCUAGAAGCAGCGGAGGGCUACUCGAUCAAUGGAGAGCCCAUUGCGAUGAUCAAUUUCAAUGCGGAACAGGACAUUGCGUGUGCUAACCGUGAAAAAUUCAAGGAUCGGCUUGCCGCAGCGAUUGCAAAAGCGCGUGCAGAGCAGGAGCAACAAGCGGCCGUCGAUGCCGAGCACGCUGGAAAGCGCAAGGCCCUCGAGCAAGGAACGCGUGCUGGCGGCCCCAAAGUGCCUGAUAUGUCGGCAGUCAAGCUCCGUGGCCAAGUCCUGCGCGCAAACCCUGGAUUGUUGGCACUGCACAAGGAUGUCGUAGGCACGGAUUUAAUUUCCGAUGCGGAUUUCUGGGAGCAUCCAGCGCGCAAAGCGCUCUUGCGCGCCGAGUACGCAAGUAUGGAGCAGCGUCAAGGUCGGCGCGGCCAACUGGCUGAUCCAAAACCUUCACAGACGGAUAAAGGCGAGAUGAAAAUUAACAUCACGCCGCAGCUUAUCCGAGAUCUGUUCGAGCAAUACCCGGUCCUCACGCGCGCGUACGAUGAAAAUGUUCCAAGCAAGCUGGACGAAGGCACGUUUUGGGCGCGCUACUUUCAGUCGAGAUUAUACCACCGUCUUCGUACUUCGCUGCGCUCCGCUGCAUCUGAGCAGGCGCUGCGCGACGACGAUAUUUUUGACAAGUACUUGGAAGCAGAAGACGACGAACUUGCGCCGCGGACCGAGGUGAAUCCCCACGAUGCGCUGCUCAACCUCGCGGCCACACAAGAGGACCACGUAGAUACAGGAAACAUGCAGGACUGGACGAUGCGCGCUGGAUUUGAUCGACGCAUGCUCCCUUUGGUCCGUCGGUUCAACAAGCAUGCCGAGUCCGUGCUGACAUCUUCUCUCGGCACGCUAGAUGCUUCUGCUUCUGCGCGUAGUAAAAGAAAAACGGGGGGCGUGGGUGAAGAGUACAAGCGGGGCGAUUCGGGGCGCUACUACGAAGAGAUUGUCAUGGACGAUUUACAGCACCAUGCCAAACGCGUCGAGAAAAGACUCGAGAUUCACGACCAGCGAGCGUACUUUGACGCGCACACUGGAAAUGCAGCACGCCCAAUGGUCGCGGCUGUAGACAUGGACGCAUACAUGUCGCAACUAAGCUCGAAUUUAAGGGGCUGGAAACUGGAUGUGCAACACUUUGUGCCGCAUGGGAAAGGUAUGCGCCACGCACUGGAUGCAAUGCUAGACAAUAUGCGCCAGCAAGACAGUACCGAGCACGAAAAUAUCAUGUCUGAUUUGCCUUCAGACGUGCACAAACAAGUGAUUUCAUGCCAAGCUGCCACCAUCGAGUUUUUGCAGCAAUUUUGGCAGGCUAUCUCUCCAAGUGCGGCCAAGAAUACACAGCAAAACCGAGGCGUGCACCUUGAUAUACCCCAACGCAUUGAAAAGGCCAAGCGCAUGCUGGUUGUACUUGCCAAAACCGACGAGCGCAUUGGACGCAUUGCAGCGACAGCGGAUGCUGCUUUGCCGGGCACAGGCGGAGAAAUUGUGCACGAAGCGUUCCAUGCCACGCGCAAAGCUGUGGAUCGAGCGCUUAAGCUGGAGAGUACGUAG